AUGGCUGAUUCAAAUGCCUGGGAUAUGAUGGGCGAAGACCGCCGCUCUAAAUCGCCGUCACGAACCAGUCGUGUAGAUUCAGAAAUUUUGAUUGGCUUAGAUGAUGUUGACUUACAAGCUUUAGGCUUGGGGAAAUCAGAAUUAGCGGAAGAAGUCGAACGACAUGCGCAAGAGAAAGAGCGGAAACGCCGUAGCAAAUCUCCAGCUAUUGAUUCCUUACGAAAAGUUUCUAUGAACGUCCUCCAUAAAAUUGGAGCAAUAUCUAAGCGAAAAGAUGUAAGCGUCCCUCUCACCCGAUCUCCUGACAUUGAUGAUCUUCCUUUACAAGAUUUUUGUAAAAUUCCAAAAGAAUACUUUCAAGAAAGCAAACCUUUUUCAUUCCGCGAUAUAGGGAGAAUCGUCAAACCACCGCUGGAAACAAAGCCAGAGAAAUGUAGUUAUUUAUUCCGCGGGCCUUCCAUAGAAGAAGAAAUCAAAAUGGAGUGCCCAACCGAGAAAGAAAGAUUGCCAGAAUACGAUCCAUACUGUCCUGUUCAUGGAAGUCGUCGCAGAGUCAGUCGACGUGAUCGACUGGUAACUAUGCAAUCUCUCAUGAGUAGUGUUGAUCAUGAUUCAGCACUAGAUGGUGUUCCAAACAUAUAUAGCCAAGAAUUUGUUCGCAAAAUCAUUCGUAAAAAACGCAUAGAGCAGGAGACUCCUUCUGAAAGACGUAGGAACCUGAAGACGAUGCAAAAGAUAAGAGCUAAUUUGUGGAUUAUUUCAUUAUCCUUUCUAUUUCUGUUCACAGCCUUCAAUGGACUACAGAACCUUCAGUCUACUAUAAACAGCGAACUUGGAUUGGACAGUCUUAUAGUCAUGUACAUAACACUAGCAAUAACAUCGCUGUUUAUCCCACCUUUCAUGAUAAAUCGCUUAGGAUGUAAGCUCACUCUAAUUGGUGCCAUGUGUGUUUAUGUUAUUUACAUGAUGGUUAACAUUCGACCAACUUACUACUCGAUGAUCCCCGUGUCGAUUCUACUCGGAGCAGCUGGAUCCUGUUUAUGGGGAGCAGAAUGUGCAUAUAUCAUUGAGAUGGGAUUGAAAUACGCAAAAGUUAAUUAUGAAUCACCGAACUCUGUGAUAUUCCGUUUUAUCGGAUAUUUUUCAAUGAUCGUUCAUUUGGGUCAGGUAAUUGGAAAUUUUUUGUCAUCGUCCAUAUUAACAGCAGCCAUCAAGCAGUACGAUAUAGAGGAUGCUGUUGAUAAAACUUGUGGUCAUAUGUUCCCAAUGAACACAUCUGAUUUAUCUACUAGAGCAACAGAUAAUCUGAAGAGGCCCCCUCAAAGGGUUCUUGUUGCAGUUUGCUUGGCAUACUUGGCUUGUGCUAUAGUUGCUGUGAUGAUUCUCUCAAUGUUCCUAAAUGCAUUAACGAAAGAUGUCCUCAAUAGGAAUAAAGCACCUCAUUUUAAUCCUUUGAUUCUACAACUGACAUGGAAGAACUUGAGAAGCCUCAAAGUCAUGUUGCUCGUUCCGUUAACCAUGUUCAAUGGAAUGGGAAAAGCUUUCUUCUUCGGUAUUUUUACCAAGUCUUUUGUUGGCUGUGGGUUAGGUGUUGCUCAAAUUGGAUUUGUUGGAACUUCUUUUGGCAUAUCUGACGCUGUUUGUUCUCUUGUGUUCGGGCCAUUGAUCAAACUAUUCGGUCGAAUGCCCUUGUUUGUCUUUGGAGCUGUUGUUAAUCUAUUAAUGUUAUUAACAUUGAUGAUUUGGCCUGUAAAUCCAGCAGAUACGGCUAUUUUCUAUGUUGUUGCCUGCGUUUGGGGAAUGGCUGAUGGCGUAUGGAACACUCAAAUAAGUGGUUAUUGGGUAGCACUUGUCGGUCGUCAAUCGUUAGAGUUCGCUUUCACAAAGUAUCGUUUAUGGGAAUCGUUCGGGAUGGCCGUAGGAUUUUCUUUGAUGAGAGUAGUCUCCGUUCAAGUGUAUUUAUACAUCUCAGCAGGAAUUUUGUUAUUCGGAAUGGCUGGCUAUAGCACCAUUGAGAAUUAUGAUAAGUUAAAACUAUAUCUUCUGCAAAUGUUUGGAGUGUGCGCUGUCAAUCAGAAAAAGCCAGCUGUUAUCUCCAUGGAACAAUCACUUAUAAGUCAACAUAACUGUUGA